AUGACUACCUCAGGCAAUGGCUGCCAAGGCAAAAAUCAUAUCUGCAUCACCUCCUGGAUCCAGAAGCUCCACCAGAAGAUAGGAGAUGUGUCAUCUGCGACCAGGAUGGGGUCUACAAAUGUCAAGAUUGUCUUGUGGAGCCACUCUAUUGCACUGGCUGUUGCAGAAGUCAACAUCUUUGCAAUCCCUUCCACUGGAUCAGUCAAUGGAAUGGUCAAUUCUUCGAGCAAAGUUGUCUCUGCUCAUGUCGGACUUGUCAUACACCUUGGUCAUGAGGGCAAACAAUGUCCGGUACUUACAGAUAGGUGGGAUUUGUUCAAAGAAGACGAACCGAAAGACCAGCUUGAGCCUGAAGAUCUACCAUCUGUGUCGGGACCUGAGUUCCAGCCGAAGGAAAACACCAUGGUCAUCAUUGACAAGUCCGGAGUUCAUCACCUCCAGGACCGAUACCGAGAGCUCAUGAGAGUCGCCCAACAGUGGAGGCAGUUGAAGAUGAUGAAAUGGCAUGGCUUCGGCCAUUGUUCCGACAGCCGAAUGCAGGAGAUCUCGCAUUAUUUUGCCUGGCAUGUCCUUCAGCCUGGGAUUAAUGUGUCCUUCUCAGGGCAUGAAUCACUUGAUGAGUGGAAAUACACCCGGUCAUUUGUUAUGGAUGGAAAUUUCAAAGCUGAACACCUGCAUCCCAUGAAGCCAUUUGAUGAAGUUUGGCUGUCAGAUGGGUUGGGAUUCAUGGUGGGAAAGGACAGGGCAGUAAAUCAAGCAAAUGCGGCUCGGCACAAGCUGGAAUCCACGGGUAUCGGGGGGAGUAGCCUACAAAUGAACAUGGACUAUGCCCUUUGUGAGGCUACCCGGCACAACAUGGAAGGCAUCACCAGGGCGGUCACCUUCUAUGAUAUCAACUGUCAAUACAACAAGCACUUUCGGGUUUGGGUGGAUCGAAGCCGAUUUCUCAAAAUGGUUCCGGAAUUGACCAUCAUUCCCGGAAUCGGGUUGUGGCACAUCCACGGACAUCAGGACAGCUGCUAUGUCCGAUAUGCGUCGAAUUUUAUUGAAGGCAUCGGUCGGAUUGAUGGAGAGAUCAUGGAGACCCUAUGGUCACGUCUCAACCUGAUUUCCCCUGCUGCUCGGGGAAUGUCAUCCCCGCAUCGAAAGGAAUGUCUCGAUUAUCAGAUGAAUGAUUCCAAUUUCUGCAAGAUGAUCCGCAUGAAAAGGACCCUUUGCCGAAAAUACAAGCAGGCGAAGAAUGGCAUUGCCGAAAGUGAAAAGGCUUUCGACAUACUCAAUGAAGCAGCACCCCGGCAAUUCAAAGACAGAGUGGCUAGCCAGCGAGAGGAUCGCUCAAUUAAUAUCAAGAAGGCACCGAGCAAAAAGGAGAUCGAGCUUAGGCUACUAGAGGAGGGUAAUGCCCGAAAUGCAGCACCUGCUCGCAGGUCUGUGGCGACAUGGAUAUCAAUGGGGUUGGCGAUUGAAGAGGCUCAAAUUGCAUUGCUCAUCGAGGUCCGAAGAAUUGGUAGAAGAACUACCGAGACACAGAAGUUAGACAUCGCCCGGCAACGCGAUCGUCUCCAAGGCCAGAUAGAUGGAUUCACUCGGUCUGCUAUUACGCAUCUCGGAGAGGGAUUUGAUGCAGAUGAAGAUCCUGAAGACUUGUACUUGGACAUUCUUGAUGAUCUCGAUGAUGACUUGGCAGACUUCACCGAGACAUCUGACACAUGGGCAAACUCCCCUGAGCUCACUGUAAUCCCAUUGCCAUCAAACCUCGGGGUAGAUCGAUGCAGACGCUGUAUGGCAGACGAUCUCAUUCCGCUGGAGAUGUCUCUUCGUGAAGGGCAGGCCAAUGACUCCCUUCACAACCUCCGAAUUCACUUGUGCAACAAGGCGAUUCUGUUUCGAACAACAGUUAGGCAAGCCAAAUCCCAGGCCCUGAAAACUCGAGCUUGGUCCCAGGUGACGUCAGUGCAGCAGGCAGUGUCCCUCCAUGCCAGUAUAUAUACAAAGACGAGGAAGCAAAUGAUGCAACUGGAGCCAGGGCAAGACCAGGUUCAGAAAUACAAACCCCUGCUUCGAGAGCAACUCAAAAUCAGCACUGCCGUCGGCGAUCCAAAUGCCCGAGGUCAGCGAAACGAGUCCCUCGCUUGGUUCUGGUCAGUUGAAGUCGACCUUGGGGGUCCCGAUCACUCGUGGAAUGAGGAAUUUUACCGAGUUCAUUGGCUCCGGGCAAAGGCACUAUGGGAUCGAUGGAAGGAAGAAAUGAUGUUGGUCCAAUUGGAGAUGGAUUGGACAUGUAACAUUUUUCUGUGGAAAGCAACCCAAUGGGGUGACAGGAUGCGCGAAUCAUUGGUGAAACACCUUCCGGGUCAUGCAUGCUACUCGGGAAGGCAAUCCCAAAUGUAUUCAUUGCUGGCACAGGAUGCCCAGGCAGCAUUUCAAGACCUGAAGACCGGGUUUAUAGAUGCUCGAGAUGAAUGA